AUGAAAGUGUAUAUGUUAGUGGUGUCAUCAAGACGAGCGAGGGGUUUGACGGAGCCGAGUAAGAAUAGAAUUAGUGCUGGGUUGACGUUAAACGCCAAGUGCGAGCACCGAGCAGUUGUGGGUCUUCAGUUGGAGUAUGCUCGUGGAUGCCGACAGGAGAUAAUAUAUGUUGGUGUCUUGUCAGAUGUGUUGGCGCUGGAGGUGAUGGCCGAUAGGGAAGAUAGGAUAAUGUUGGUAUCCAGUCCAAGGAUGGUCCAGAGUACAAUUAGCGAUACAAUUCAAGGACGGUCUAGAAUAAUUUCUCGCCUUCAAGUUCUUGUCUCCCUGCUCGUUCCAAAACCAGAUCUGGGGAACAGCGAAAAUCAGGUGUCUGUUGGGUGGGUGGCACUGGAUGUGAUGACCAAUGGGAAAGAGGGGAUAAAGUUCGUACCAAGUACGAGAAUGCACGCUAUGAGCAGUGAAACUCCUCCCACUCGGGGUGUCCGAACUGCAAAGAAGAAUGCUCUGAAAAACGCGGUCUGGCUGCCAGAGAAGACAUGCACUAAGCGCCAGCAACGUGACACACCAAGUUCGCAACGUGACACGCAAUGUGAACCACAGUGGGGUUCACAACUGCAGUCAAAGCCUAAAUCAACGAAGAAGAGGAAGAAACAAGAAGACGAAGUGACAACUAAGCGCCGGUCACCAGACACACCCAGUGCACAAGAUGAACCACAGUGGGGUUCACAACCACGGUCACAGUCCAAGCCUAAAUCAACUAAGAAGCGUUAUUCAUCAGAUGACGAAGAUGAGGCUGUGAAACGCAAACAAUCGCGGCUGGAUGCUAAAAAGUCCUCAGGCCAUACUGCUCGUCAACUUACAUCCAUCAAGGAAGAUCAGUUAGAACAGAGCGGGAGUGAAGAAGAGGGCGACCAUACCGAUAAUGACCAGACUGAUGUUGCCAGCGAUGCGGAGGAGUCCGAUGAUAGCGACUUUGAAGACCCGACAUCUAUCACGAAGAUGCUAUCAACAGAGAUUCCAAGUUUCGUCUCCAGUUCCAAGGCGAAAAACCCUCCAGCUGCUCGUGAUCGUAAACGAGCCGCAGAGACGCCUGUGUGGGCCAACGAUCUCAUGAUCAGCGAAUCGGAGUCUUGCGAUGACUCAGCGCCCAAGUCCGACGGUGACACCAGUACCUUCAUCAGUGCAUCAACCUCGUACCAGUCCAUUGGUCGUUCUGAGGCUUCCACUGGCAGCAUGGCCAAAAUUCGAGCCAAGCCCAAACAGCACCUCAUGAAGGCCGACAUCGUAAAGGCAAAGUCAGAGCAAGAUUUUUCUGAUGCCGAGGACAAGUUGGACACCAGUAGUACCGUUGGUAGCAGAUCGUCUUCGCACCCCUCUGGAUCUUCAAGUGCAAAGCUCAUCCUGACUGAACACGGGAAGGUGAAGAUGAUGGACCAGGAUGUCACAACUCGAAAAGUGAUUCAAGGUGCUAUCCUCGAGGCGAAGGCCCAUAUGACUUUCGUUAACGGCUACCCGGAGUUGAUUGAAAAAACUUCCUUUUCACGCGACACACUCCUCAAGGCAGCUCGUGAUCAUGGCGCAACAUCUAUUGAGUUGAAACUCAAGACCUGGUAA